AUGCACCAAGCAGGAAAAAGGCCGAGCAGCCGGAUCCCUGGGAAGGUUUACUUAGAAGUGAGUGAGGGUAUCUGUCCACGGUCGGAUGCUAGCCGAGAGAAGGGGAAGGAGAUGGAAGAGCAGGACCCAGGAGAACCUGGGUUUGGCAAGAGAUCAAGGAAAGGCAACCUUCCCACCCAGGCUGGGAGUGGCGUUGAAUUCUGGGAAAGAGCUCUGCCAGAGUUCCUGGCUCAGGACACCGUGAACUCAGAUAGGUGGGGACGAUCCGUGAAGAUGGAAGCGAAGUUGUCUGAGGAAGAAGGAGCUCCGUCAGAGGAAAGUCAGAGGGCGCAGGCCCAGGUGGAGGCCCAAGAUGCCCUGUCACGUGGAGAUGAUCAGAGGAAUGAGUGUCAUGAGGACCUGAAUCAUCUAUCGCGAGAUGAAGUCAAGAAUGGAGACAUGAGAGGAAACUUCAAGAAUGAAGUUGGACCCAAGAGGCAGAAAGAAAGCCACGUGGUGAAGAACAGUGAUAAACCCAUUCCUCGCCAAGGGGGGUAUUUCCGUGAAGUAAUUCACAUGGUGGAGGAAACAGACAAGUGCUUGGAGCGUGGAAUGAACUUCUCAGACCAAACCCAAUAUAAUGUCCAUUUACGAAUGCAGAGUGGAAGGAAGACCCAUCAAUGGCUAACGCGUGGAAAGACCAGGAUUCACAGAGCAGAGCUCCUUAGACAUCAAAGAACACGUAGAGGAGAGAAACCUUAUAGCUCCUCAGAGUGUGGCAAGAGCUUCUCAGAGAAAUCAGAUCUUGUUCAACACCAAAGAAUUCAUUCAGGAGAGAAGCGAUUUGUCUGUUCCAAGAGUGGAAUAAUGUUCUUGGAUGAAAGAAAGGGUGAUGUACAUUUUCCAAAGCGUAGUACAAUGAAGGCAUGCAAAUGCUUUCAGUGCGGAAAGUACUUCAGAUGCAGAUCACAGCUCCUUGUGCACCAAAGGAUCCACACAGGGGAGAAGCCUUUUCAAUGUUCAGAGUGUGGGAAGAGAUUCAGACAGCGUGGCCAUCUUGAACAUCACCUAAAAACUCACACAGGGGAGAAAGCUUAUGAAUGCUCACAGUGUGGGAAGGGAUUCAAUUACAAUAGCACUUUUCAACAACAUCUAAGAACCCACACAGGGGAGAAGCCUUUUGAAUGCUCCGAGUGUGGGAAGAGAUUCAGGCAGAGUGGCUAUCUUAAAGAUCAUCUAAGAACUCACACAGGUGAAAAACCAUUUGAGUGCUCAGACUGUGGGAAGGGAUUCAGUCACAGUAGCACUCUUCAAAAACAUCUAAGAAUCCACACAGGGGAGAAACCUUUUGAAUGCUUAGAGUGUGGGAAGGGAUUCAGUCACAGUAGCACUCUUCAAAAUCAUCUAAGAACCCACACAGGGGAGAAACCUUUUGAUUGCUCAGAGUGUGGGAAGAGAUUCCGUCACAGUAGCACUCUUCAAAAGCAUCGAAGAACCCACACAGGGGAGAAGCCAUUUGAAUGCUUAGAGUGUGGGAAGAGAUUCAGCCAGAGUGGCCAGCUUCAUGUGCAUCAAAGAACCCACACAGGGGAGAAACAUUUUGAAUCCUUAGAGUGUGGGAAGAGAUUCAGCCACAGUAGCACUCUUCAAAAACAUCUAAGAACCCACACAGGGGAGAAGCCAUUUGAAUGCUUAGAGUGUGGGAAGGGAUUCGGUCGCAGGAGCACUCUUCAAAAUCAUCUAAGAACCCACACAGGGGAGAAACCUUUUGAAUGCUCAGACUGUGGAAAGGGAUUUGGUCACAGUAGCACUCUUCAAAAACAUCAAAGAACCCACACAGGGGAGAAACCUUUUGAAUGCUCAGACUGUGGAAAGGGAUUUGGUCACAGUAGCACUCUUCAAAAUCAUCUAAGAACCCACACAACGGAAAAACCCUUUGAAUGCUCAGAGUGUGGGAAAAGAUUCAGUUACAGUUCCAGUCUUCAAAAUCAUCUAAGAACCCAGACAGGGGAGAAACCUUUUGAAUGCUCAGAAUGUGGGAAAAGAUUCAGUCAUAGUAGCGCUCUUCAAAAUCAUCUAAGAACCCAGACAGGGGAGAAGCCUUUUGUAUGCUCAGAGUGUGGGAAAGGAUUCAGCGAGAGUGGCAAUCUUCAUAAGCAUCUAAGAACCCACACAACGGAAAAACCCUUUGAAUGCUCAGAUUGUGGGAAGAGAUUCAAUCGCAAUUGCAGUCUUCAAAAGCAUCUAAGAACCCACACAGGGGAGAAGCCUUUUGCAUGCUCGGAGUGUGGGAAAGGAUUCAGCGAGAGUGGCAAUCUUCAUAAGCAUCUAAGAACCCACACAAUGGAAAAACCUUUUGAAUGCUCAGAUUGUGGAAAGACAUUCAGUCGCAAGUGCAGUCUUCAAAAGCAUCUAAGAACCCACACAGGGGAGAAGCCUUUUGUAUGCUCAGAGUGUGGGAAAAGAUUCAGUGAGAGUGGCAACCUUCAUAAGCAUCUAAGAACCCACACAAGGGAAAAACCUUUUGAAUGCUCACAUUGUGAGAAGAGAUUCAGUCGCAACUGCAGUCUUCAAAAGCAUCUAAGAACCCACACAGGGGAGAAGCCUUUUGUAUGCUCAGAGUGUGGGAAAGGAUUCAGCGAGAGUGGCAACCUUCAUAAGCAUCUAAGAACCCACACAAGGGAAAAACCUUUUGAAUGCUUAGAGUGUGGGAGAAACCAGAACAAAUCUCCCUCGGAGAGUCAAUCCACCACAGAAGACAAAAUGGUGAUGGAAAAUGCCAAACAACCUGGGGACAGUCUCUCGGUGACUCAUCAAGCAUUCUUUAGUUCUUUACAGAACUUGAAACACAACAUGACACCCACAAUGGCAAUUUUGUACAACCACUCACUUUAG